CUUUUUAGAGGAAGCUACCAAGGGCUGAGAGCAGUGUAGCUGAAUGUGCUGAGGGGACAGGAUUGACAGAUAUUCCCGAUUUUCCACAGGAACGGGCCUCAUCAUUUCUGUGUCCUGCUUCUACAUAUCUUAUAUCUCUCGUGGUCGGACCACUGGUGUGUGGACUUGUACAUGAUGAAUUGUGAACUUCUAGCCACAUGUAGUGCCCUUGGGUACUUAGAGGGAGACACUUACCACAAAGAACCAGAUUGCUUAGAGAGUGUAAAGGAUUUGAUCCGCUACUUGAGGCAUGAGGAUGACACUCGCGAUGUGCGGCAACAGUUGGGGGCAGCCCAGAUCCUGCAGAGUGACCUUCUACCCAUCCUUACCCAACACGGCCAGGACAAGCCUCUCUUCGAUGCUGUUAUCAGGCUGAUGGUGAACUUGACACAACCAGCUUUGCUCUGUUUUGGCAGUGUGCCCAAAGAACCAAGCUUUCGUCACCAUUUUCUGCAGGUGCUAGCCUACUUGCAGGCCUACAAAGAGGCCUUUGCCAGUGAGAAGGCUUUUGGAGUCCUCAGUGAAACUUUGUAUGAGCUGCUACAGCUGGGCUGGGAGGAACGACAAGAGGAAGACAACUUGCUGAUUGAACGGAUCCUGCUGCUGGUCAGAAAUAUUCUCCAUGUUCCAGCCGACCUUGAUCAAGAAAAGAGGAUCGAUGAUGACGCCAGUGUCCAUGACCAGCUUCUCUGGGCAAUUCACCUCAGUGGCCUGGAUGACCUGCUUCUCUUUCUGGCCAGCUCACCUGCUGAGCAACAGUGGAGCCUGCAUGUGCUAGAGAUUGUAUCCCUUAUGUUUCGUGACCAGAACCCUGAACAGCUGGCGGGAGUAGGACAGGGGCGCUUAGCUAAGGAGCGGAGCACAGAUGUGGCAGAACUGGAGGUGUUGCGCCAGAGGGAAAUGGCAGAAAAGAAGACUCGAGCCCUUCAGCGAAGCAACAGACAUUCUCGAUUUGGGGGCUCCUACAUUGUCCAGGGGUUGAAAUCCAUUGGGGAGAGGGACCUCAUCUUUCAUAAAGGUCUCCACAAUCUCCAAAACUACAGUUCAGAUUUGGGAAAGCAGCCCCGAAGGGUGCCUAAACGUCGGCAGGCUGCCCAGGAGCUGUCCGUUCAGCGCCGCUCCGCCCUCAAUGUGAGACUCUUCCUCAGAGACUUCUGCUCUGAGUUCCUGGAGAACUGUUAUAACCGGCUCAUGGGCUCAGUGAAGGAUCACCUGCUGCGAGAGAAGGCUCAGCAGCAUGAUGAGACCUACUACAUGUGGGCCUUGGCUUUCUUCAUGGCCUUCAACCGAGCUGCCUCCUUCCGGCCAGGCCUGGUUUCUGAGACCCUCAGUGUCCGUACCUUCCACUUCAUUGAGCAGAACCUCACCAACUACUAUGAAAUGAUGCUGACGGACCGCAAGGAAGCUGCCUCCUGGGCACGUCGGAUGCACCUGGCCCUGAAGGCCUAUCAGGAGCUGCUGGCCACAGUGAAUGAGAUGGACAUGUCCCCAGAUGAGGCUGUGAGGGAGAGCAGCCGCAUCAUCAAGAACAACAUUUUCUAUGUGAUGGAGUACCGAGAGCUGUUCCUGGCACUCUUUCGAAAGUUUGAUGAGAGAUGUCAGCCACGCUCUUUCCUUCGUGACCUGGUAGAAACCACUCACCUCUUCCUCAAGAUGUUGGAGCGGUUCUGUCGGAGCCGUGGGAACCUGGUGGUGCAGAACAAACGAAAGAAAAGAAAGAAGAAAAAGAAGGUCCAAGAUCAGCCUGUUGCUUCUGGUAAUGUCUCCUAUAGCACAGGGGAACUAGAAGCUAUGUGGCCAUCCCUGGCCGAGCAGCUACAGUGCUAUGCCCAGGAUCCUGAGCUCAGUUUGGACUCCAUGGUUCCCUUUGAUGCGGCCUCAGAGGUGCCAGUGGAAGAGCAGCGGGCAGAAGCCAUGGUGCGGAUCCAAGACUGUCUCCUGACUGGCCAGGCCCCACAGGCCCUAACCCUCCUUAGGUCUGCCCGGGAGGUGUGGCCAGAGGGAGAUGUGUUUGGCUCUCAAGACAUUUCUGCAGAGGAAGAGAUCCAAUUGCUGAAACAGAUUCUCUGUGCCCCGCUUCCCCGGCAACAGGGGUCAGAGGAACAAGGGGCAGAGGAAGAGGAAGAGGAGGAGGAGGAGGAGGAGGAAGAGUUGCAAGCGGUCCAGGUGUCAGAAAAAGAAUUUAAUUUUCUGGACUACCUGAAACGUUUUGCAAGCUCAACUGUUGUGCGAGCCUACGUGCUGCUGCUGCGGAGCUACCGACAGAACAGUGCCCACACUAACCACUGCAUUGUCAAGAUGCUGCACCGGCUGGCCCAUGACCUCAAAAUGGAAGCCCUCCUUUUCCAGCUCUCCCUCUUCUGCCUCUUCAACCGUCUGCUUAGUGACCCAGCUGCUGGGGCCUAUAAAGAGCUAGUGACUUUUGCCAAGUACAUCCUGGGCAAGUUCUUUGCGUUGGCUGCAGUCAACCAAAAAGCCUUUGUGGAGCUGCUGUUCUGGAAGAACACAGCUGUGGUUCGAGAGAUGGCCGAGGGCUAUGGCUCUCUGGAUGGCGGAUCUUCCAGUCGCAGACCCCCGGUGUGGAGCCCAGAGGAGGAGGCCCAGCUUCAGGAACUGUACCUCGCCCAUAAGGAUGUGGAAGGUCAGGAUGUGGUAGACACCAUCUUGGUGCACCUGAAAACCCCUCGGACACGCAAGCAAGUUAUCCACCAUCUGGUACGGCUGGGACUGGCUGACAGUGUCAAGGGCUUCCAAAGGAAAGGAACCCAUAUUGUACUGUGGACAGAAGAUCAGGAGCUGGAGCUGCAGCGGCUUUUUGAGGAGUUCCAGGACUCAGAUGAUGUGCUAGGUCAUAUCAUGAAGAAUAUCACAGCCAAACGCUCACGGGCCCGAAUAGUGGAUAAGCUGCUGGCUCUGGGGCUGGUGGCUGAGCGGCGGGAGCUAUAUAAGAAACGCCGGAAGAAGCUGGCACCCUUGAGCUCGCCUAAUGGAGAGGAGUCCCUGAAAGAUUUUUGCCAGGAAGAUCUGGAAGAAGAGGAAAUCCUGCCAGAGGAAGAGAGUGAAGAAGAUGAAGAGAAAGAGGAGGACUCAGAAGCAGAGCAAGCCCAGGGUAGCUCAGUGCUUUCAACUGAAAACCUUGGGCAAAGCCUGUAUCAGGAAGGCUUUUCUGCUCCCCUUCUGUGGCUCCAGAACUGCCUGAUUCGAGUAGCGGAUGAUCGAGAAGAGGAUGGCUGCUCGCAGGCAGUGCCUUUGGUGCCGUUGACAGAAGAAAAUGAGGAAGCAAUGGAAAAUGAACAGUUUCAACAGCUGUUGCGCAAGCUAGGAGUUCGGCCUCCUUCCUCUGGGCAGGAAACCUUCUGGAGGAUUCCAGCCAAGCUGAGUCCUUCCCAGCUCCGGAGGAUAGCAGCUUCUUUGAGUCAGCCAGAGGAGGAGCAAAAACUUCGGCUAGGACUAGAACCGAAAGUCCCUGGAGAGCAAAACCCUGAGGAGGAGCACCAAAGGGAACAGCGAGCACAAGCCCUGAGGGCCCUCCAAUUGGCCCGGAAAAAGAAAGCUGGCCCGGUGUCCCCCAGCGGGGAAGGGACCACUGGUGAGAAAGAACAGCUGCAAAUGGUACCCAGGAAGCGACAACUGCUGGACAGCGAUGAAGAACAGGAGGAGGAUGAGGGCAAGAACAAAGCACUAGAAUCCAGAGCUCCAGGAAUCCAAAAGAAGAAACGGUUUCAAAUUGAGGAUGAAGAUGAGAAUGACUGAAGGGCCAGAAGCUUUGGGGUAGAGAAGACAUGAAAACAUUCUCACCUCAAGAUCCUUUGUCUAGGAUAAAUCUUCAGGAUGACAAGUGUAUACAGCAGGAAGAAGCAGGAGCCACAAAGGGUGCAAGAGCCAGUUUUCCAGCAUGGAGCAGAGUGGAGGAUAAAGUCUGGGCAAGAAAGAGAUGAAUAAAUACUGCAAAUGC